GUCCUGAGGACUGCGACGGAUUCGAAUUGCUGGAAGCCGAUCAUAUAUUUCGACUGGAAGGACCCAUCGACGCCUGCUGGGAAGACGUCCGACGUGUCGCGUACCUAGGUAGCUGCUUGCUAUCCUGCAACGCACAAAUUACGACAUCACCGCUGGGCAGGGUUGCUCUUGCACCAAAUACUAUUUGAAAGCCAUCUCAUAUGCACCUUCCAGUUCGUGUCAUCACGCACAGAAAGCACACUCAGCAUCGUCUUGCCGUUUUGCAGUAACCUCACUUACAUCCCCCAACAAAUCAUUAAAUAUCGCCUUUGAUCUCUCAAUAUGUUGCCUUCAUUGCAAGUUGUGGUAACGAGAGUGUGCUGCUUCAGGCCCCUUCACCAGGUGCGAACACAAGUUGCUUCCCAUCAUGGGCUACUCACGACCUAUUGAGCGCCGAGCUCACACGGUCAAUCGGAUUUCGGUCGUCUGCUUACUGUUCGUCGCCAUAUUGAUCUUUAGAGAUUUGUGGCAGCCGGGAACACUGUUCCACUCCUCUCCGAAUACUCGCCCCAAUCAAAAUAAAUCACCCACAGCCGCUUGUGCUGACCUCCCCGGGUCCAAUCGUGUCAUGGUUAUGAUGAAGACCGGAUCUACCGAACUUCACGCUAAGCUUCCCGUUCAUCUUCUCACCACGUUUCAGUGUGUCCACCACCUCACGAUCUACUCCGACCUUGCUCAGACAUUCGCCGACCAUCCCGUUCACGAUGCCAUCGCUCCCGUGACGUCUUCUCUACGUGAACAACAUCCCGACUUUGAUCUUUAUCGUCGUCUCGAGGAAUGGCAGUACGAGCGCCAAGACUUCAGCCAAUUAAGCGGUCACAAGAGCUGGAUGCUUGACAAGUGGAAGUUUCUCCCAAUGGUGCACCAUGCGUUCGUCAGCGCGCCUCUUGAGGUCGAAUGGUUCGUCCUGAUGGAAGCUGACACUAGCUUGUCCUGGUCUAAUCUCCUUUCAUGGCUGAACACCUUGAACUCUUCGGAAGAGCUCUAUCUCGGCUCCCAGAACAUCAUCACCGAUACUCAAUUCGCUCAUGGUGGGAGCGGCGUGGUCAUCUCUCGUGCGGCAGCUGAUCGUCUAGUCCUCGCAAGAAUCAACGUCGGCGCCAAGCUCUACGAUGCCAGUUGGGAGGACGUCACUGCCCACUCCUGCUGCGGCGACGAGGUCCUCGCGCAAGCCUUUGCCGCCAUCGGAAUCCAAUUAACCCAUGCAUGGCCCAUCAUCCAAGGCGAGACAAUCAACAGCAUCGAUUGGACACGCAGCCAUCUCUGCGCGCCCGCCGUCUCCUGGCACCACGUCUCGCCCAUGGACGUGGAGACCUACUGGCAAUUCCAGACGGAAUGGCUGUCGCAGCAUCAACUUCGUCGCCCCUCACGUCUCUUCGCUGCGAACAACAGACAGGAUCUCCUCCCACCGCCAUAUCUCUUCCGUGACGUCUUUCAGCGCUUCGUCCACCAACAUCUCGCCUGGAACCGCACCUCGUGGAACAAUCUCUCCAAAGAUAAACGCCUCGUCAUAUCAGACCUCGCAACCCCCGAGGACGUUCUUCUUGCGGAUCUGUCCGAGCUUGAACAACACGCCGUGGAAGACAUGGACGUUUGCGCGGAGGCCUGUCGUCAAGCGGGCCCGGAACGCUGCAUUCAGUGGAUGUUCCUGCCCGGCAGAUGUCAUCUCGGGAAAGAUCUACGUCUUGGCGCGAGCGAUGAGAUGGAGAUGCAACAUUGGACUUCUGGGUGGAUGUUGGAUCGCGUGGAGGCUUUGCUGCAAAGUGCGGAUGGGUGUGAGAUCCGCUGGAGAGGUUGACUGAGGCCCGCCCUUCUUGAAUGUUGACGGCAAACGCUCCGCCGCGAUUGUUUGGUGAGCGGGAACUGGCAAGCGCGAUUUGCUUGCGUGUAGGCAUACGAAGCAUCUUUCACGGACUUCUAAGGCUUCCCGGCUGUUGUUGCCAUCGCCAACGUCCGCUGCACAGUCGAUCAGUUUGUAAAUAUAAUGUAAUGCUUUCACGUCUACCACGGCAUUUGUGUCCUGACAGCAGUACGGCCAUUUCCUUUGAGAAAAAGUCUCCUGUCCGUUUUCAGGA